AGAAGCUUUUGGAGAGAGAAAUAAUGGGAGGAGAAGACGAUGAGGGAUCGUUGGAGUACACUCCAACAUGGGUCAUAGCAGUAGUUUGUUUUGUGAUUAUUGCCAUUUCCUUUGCUAUGGAACGUUUGCUUCAUCAUUUAGGGGAUGCUUUGAAAGAGAAACAACAGAAACCACUCUACGAGGCUCUUUUGAAAGUCAAAGAAGAGUUGAUGCUCUUGGGGUUUAUCUCACUGUUGUUGACUGCAUUUCAGAGUGCAAUUUCUAAAAUUUGCAUGUCAAAGGAUCUACGUAAAGACAUGCUUCCUUGUAGAGUUAACCACGAUGAUGAUGGUGAGGCCCGCCAUAAUGGUUCGAAACUGGGAAUCUAUUUUGCUUCCACCGUGUCUGAUGGCACCCGACGCCUACUCAGCGCAGAUUCGUCGAAUGCGGCCAGAUACUGCAGUUCCCAGAAUAAAGUACCAUUGAUGUCGCUUUCGGUGCACAUUAGGAAUGCCGAAUUAGAGAAAAAAUUCAUUCAUGUCCAGCAGCAUGACUUUAUCAAACAUCGUUUCCAGGGUUUCGGUAAACGUUCAGUUCCUCUCAGGUGGUUGUAUUCGUUUUUCAAGCAAUUUCAUGCAUCUGUUACCAAAUCCGAUUACGAGGCACUAAGGCUAGGUUUCAUCAUGACCCAUUGCAAAGGGAAUCCUAAGUUUAAUUUUCAUAAAUAUAUGAUUCGAGCUUUGGAAGAUGAUUUUAAGGAAGUUGUUGGUAUAAGUUGGUAUCUCUGGGCAUUCGUGAUCAUCUUUUUGUUGCUGAAUGUUAACGGAUUGUAUACAUAUUUCUGGAUAGCUUUCAUUCCUUUCAUUCUUCUACUUACUGUGGGGACCAAGCUCGAGCAUGUGAUUACCAGUUUGGCUCAUGAUGUUGCUGAGAAACAUGUAGCCAUUGAAGGGGAAUUAGUGGUAAGACCAUCGGAUGAGCUCUUUUGGUUCGACAAUCCUCAUCUGGUUCUCAGGUUGAUCCAUUUUAUCCUCUUCCAAAAUGCUUUCGAGAUUGCGUUUUUCUUCUGGAUUUGGGUUCAAUUCGGGUUCGAAUCGUGCCUAAUUGAUAAACUUUAUUAUAUCCUUCCAAAGCUUACUAUAGGGAUGUUCGUUCAAGUAGUCUGUAGUUACAGUACCCUGCCACUUUAUGCCAUUGUCGCACAGAUGGGAAGUUCAUUCAACAAGGCAAUAUUUGAUGACCAUGUGCAAGCGAGUCUUCUUGGUUGGGCAAAGAAGGUGAAGAAGAAGCAGGCCCUGAAGCUUGCGACUCAGGCAAAGCCCUCGGAACGCCCUUUCAUGUCAAUGCAGAUGAAGGAUGACGCUAAAUCCGAAGCUUCUACCGCAAAGGAGGAUGAUCCCGAGAAGGGUUCCGAUGAAGCGUGUUAA